CUGGAUUAGAUGGACGUUGAUUGGGAUUCUAACUCGUUGCUGAUCUAAAAAUCUUCAAUUUAAUCUCUUUUAGAUUAGCUUCGCUGUGAAAGCCCAUCUCCUCCCUAAAGCUUGCUCCUUCCCCAAGGAAGGAAGCAGAAAGGAAAAGGCUUAUCAAAACCCUCAUCUCCUAAUCCACAAUCAAACUCCUCUCUCUUCCUCAAUUUAGGGUUUACAUUGCUCUCUUCCCCGAUCUUCGAUUUCACACGAAAUCAUCAAAACCCACCACGAAAAGUUACCAACUUUGCUGAUUUAGGGUUCUUCCCAAUCACGGAUCCGUAAUCAUUUCUGCUACUUCCCUCAUACGAAUCAUCAAAACCCACCACGAAAAGUUACCGCCUUUACGGUCGGAUCUCGAUUUUCACCAAACCCUUUUGCGGAAAAUCUCAACUUCUUCUUCACAGAUCCGUCUUAGGAGGUCAGAAAAAAUGGCGGAUACGAUACCGUUUUAUCUCAACAUCGUGGCGUUUCUAUGCACUGUUGGAGCCAUUGCCUUGGCGAUAUUUCACAUCUACAGGCAUCUCUUGAACUACACUGAGCCAACUUACCAGAGAUACAUCGUACGCAUCGUCUUCAUGGUCCCGGUUUAUGCCUUCAUGUCAUUCUUGUCUCUUGUCCUCCCUACAAGCUCCAUAUACUUUGAUUCCAUACGAGAAGUUUAUGAAGCUUGGGUCAUUUACAACUUCCUAUCACUGUGUUUGGCUUGGGUUGGUGGUCCAGGAGCAGUGGUUCUUAGUUUAAGCGGUCGCUCUCUACAACCAUCAUGGUGUCUCAUGACUUGUUGCUUCCCUCCAUUGACAUUGGACGGGCGUUUUAUUAGGAGAUGCAAGCAAGGUUGUCUGCAAUUUGUGAUCCUGAAGCCUAUCCUAGUGGCUGUAACACUUGUGCUCUACGCAAAAGGGAAGUACAAGGAUGGGAACUUUAACCCUGACCAGGCGUAUCUCUAUCUUACCAUCAUCUACACCAUAUCCUACACGGUGGCUUUGUACGCGCUUGUUCUGUUUUACAUGGCGUGCAGAGAUCUUCUCCAGCCGUUCAAUCCUGUC